AUGUUCACUGGGCCGCAAAGUAUUGACCAAAUUGUUCAUAUUUUUGCUCAACCAAUUGGAAACACAUGCGGCUUUUUUGACACACAUAUCCACUGAAACAUCAAUUCCAUGACAUAUUUCACUUAAGUACGCGUACUUUUUUUUCUCGCAUCGUGACCAUUGUUUGGACGCAAAAAACGCAAACAUUGGAUAUGGGUUCGAGCAUCAAUGAACAAAUGUGGAUUGAAAUAUUUCGUCAAAGUGAUAUAAAUCUAAUUGAAUUUUUUUAAAUACGACGAAUUCAUUUUUCUGUUCAAAAAAUGUGCUUUCAUACGCAUAAUUCCAUAGCUUCGGUGAAUUGCUCAAAUUUGUACUUAAGAAAAGAGUUGAGUUGAAUUCAAUUUAGACAGUUCGACUGACUUUUACCGCCAAAACAAUUGAAUUCACAUCAAAACAAAAAAAGACUGUUUACAUGCAAUUGCAAUACUCCAAACGAAAGAUUUGCGAUUGAAAUGAAUUCGAUUGUGAUUUAAUUGCAUUUAUCUAGUGUUUUUUUGGUUCUUAAUUUAAAUUAAGUGUUGUUUUUAUGUAUAUUUUAGUUCAAUUCUUAAAAAAUUCGGCAGAGCAAUGGGAAUUCAGGGCUUACUCAAGUUUCUUAAUGAUUAUAGCGAGAACAUCAACAUCAAAUCGCUGAAAGGCAAAUCCGUGGCCAUUGAUUCGUACUGUUGGUUACACAAAGGUGCAUUUGCCGUUGGUGAUAAAUUGGUGCGCGGUGAAGACACCAAUGUGCACAUCAUGUACUGUGUUAAAUAUGUGCAAUUGCUGUUGUCGCACAAUAUCAAACCGAUUUUAGUAUUUGAUGGAAGACAUUUACCUGCCAAGGCCGAAACAGAGGCUAAACGAAGAGAAUCUCGUAAAAUCGCCAAACAACGAGCGAUUGAGCUGAUGAAAAAGGGACAACACAAAGAGGCUCAAAACUAUUUGCGGCGCUGUGUAGAUAUAACUCAUGAAAUGGCCCUAAAGCUCAUUCAAGUGUGUCGAGCUCUAAAUGUCGAUUGCAUUGUGGCACCGUACGAAGCCGACGCUCAGCUCGCCUAUUUGAAUAAAAUCGGUCUGGCCGAUUAUGUGAUCACCGAAGAUUCCGACUUGACACUUUUUGGAUGUCGAAAAAUUCUCUUCAAGUUGGACUUAACCGGAAACUGUGUUUUGGUCGAUUCGGAUAGGUUGGCGUUGGCCAUGGGUUGCAAAGAGGACAAAUUCACAAUGGAAAAAUUUCGAUUGAUGUGCAUUUUAUCGGGCUGUGACUAUGUGGAAUCACUGCCUGGAAUCGGUUUGGCAAAAGCAUGCAAAUUCGUUAAGGCAACCGAAGAGACUGAUUUGAUGCGAGGUCUCGAUAAAAUACCAGCCUACUUGAACAUGAGACACUUGACUGUAACAGAUGAGUACAAAAUCAAUGUGCUGAAGGCACGCGCUACAUUUUUACAUAUGGUUGUUUUCGAUCCAAGGAAGCGGAAACAAGUACGUCUACACGAGCUUCAUGAAGUCGAAGAUACAAAUGAAGAGCAUUGCUGCAACGCUGGUGAAAUAAUGCUUGACGACGCAAAGGCAUUGGACUUGGCGGUUGGCAACCUCAAUCCAUUCACAAUGAAAAAAUUGGACAUUUGGCAUCCGGAUCAACGUGAGAGGGCGAAACUGCCAACAACCAUUAGCAGCAAAGGACUGAAAAUCGCGAAGCAUUCAAGUAUUUGGCAUCGAAACUAUCAAUUUACGUCAUUAUCAAAUGGACCUGUGCCUUCUACGGCACCAAAAGCAAUUGUGAAAAAGUCACCCAAGCCGCCAAAAAGAGUAAUUGAAGCGAUUGAAGACAGCGAUGAAGAUUUACCGACCGAAAGUCAAAACGAUGACUUAGUUUUGAAGCAAUACAUGAUCGAACCAUCAUCAAAACGCUUCAAGGAAGACGAUGACGACGGUAAAACAGCUGACAUUGAAGUGAAUGGUGCUGAUGAGCAGCCACCCAAGACACCAGAAACAACUCCGAAUCGAAAUCCGUUUAAAAAGGCAGCGCUAUGCAAAGAAUUGUUGUCGCCAACGAGAAUUUCACGGGACACGAAUUCUUUGGUGAAGAACCAAAGCCCAGUAAAGCACAUCGAUUACAGCAAACUGGAGAAAUUGAGCCGAUUUACUCGAACCGGAACCGUGUUAUCAGCGAAGGGACAACCUAUACUCAGUCGUUUCUUUGGACAAUCUUCCAAACCAAAAGACGAAAAUGAUGCGCAAACCGCUGUGAAGUCUGAAACGGUGCAACGAGAAGUUCAAGCAGAAGCUGUGCCACCACCAGUUGCUCAGAUGAAAAGUCCAAAUCUGUUGGAUUCAUGUACGGCUUCACCAAAAUCAACAUUGUACUAUAGUAAAAGCAGUGACAGUGGAUUUUCACCAAGUAAUGAUGAACCUGCACCGAAAAGCUCACACAAUGACGAUAUGGAGGACAAUUUGAGUCGAGAAUGCCAAUAUUCAAUUCUCGAUAAAUUUCGGCUUGUUCUGAAGGAGAAGAUUGACGAUGAACCAAUGGAGUGCCAAAGCUCACAAAGCACAUACACAUCCGAUAAGACUGAUUUCAGCGAAACAAACGAACUGCCAAUAGUGUUAAGCGACAAUGAAAACGACAUUGACAACAGUCAAAAAGGAUCAACAAGCCGAAUGUGGCUGAACGGAAGUCAAAAACCAAAAACGGGUACUAAAGUGGUUCCAAAGGCAAAGCUACGCAAAAAAUCAGCAAGCAGCACAAAAACGACAAGCAGCUCAAAUUCGACCGAUAGUCAAAGUCGUCUCAGUAUGUUUGGAUUCCAGAAAAAAUCCGUUCUGAAACAUUGACCAAAACAUUUCCCAGUGGAGUGGAGUAAAUUGAAUUCAUCACAUAAAACACAUUGCGUUUUCAAUUUACAUUAUUUAUUGAAUGAUGAUUUCUGAACAAAUUUGUUUUUUUUCUCUGUCACUUGCUAAUUAAAGAUAGUUUUGUUUUUCUACGAAGAAGCUCCGCUCCAUUGUUUUUGUUUUGGAGAGAAAUUGUUUAAUCGUCCUUCUUCUUGUAGUCCUUCAAGUGAAGCAAAAUCCAGCAUGGUGUGAAGAGGAUGGCGGCAAACAUACCAGCAACCAACACCGCCUUUUCCUGUGAUUCGAAAAAGAAACGUAAACAUUGUAUUAGAAAAGUGGCAGUUGUAUUGAUUUUAGCAGUCGAUUUUGUGAGGUUAUGUCCAUUUUUUUCUUUUGCGUUACAUAAUUUUUCGUCUUUGUUAUCGUGAAAUAAAUUAAUUUUUUUCAACAAAA